AUAUACAACCUGAGCCUAUAGUGGAGGAGCCACAGCAUUAACACCCAGAAAGUCUUGCUUCUCCCAUUGUCACAGCCUUGGAUCCAAGCAGGGCUCUCCCUCUCAGGCAUCUGCCUGCAGCCUGCUUGUAGCCCAGUUCAAACAUACAAGUGACUCCCCACUUACACAGGGGUUACGUUCCAGCCCCCCCCCUUGCAGAAGUGAAAUUGUGUAAAGUGGGGAGCAUCCUCUAAACACCUUUUAAUUGCCCUCUUUUCCCAUAGAAUGUGCUCUUGUUACUUUAAUGGAUUGUGCUAGUCAAUUUCUCUGCCUCCUUUCAGGAAAAAGGUAAAAGCAGCCCUGGUCCUGCAAAAUAGGAGAUAGCUGAACUGUAAUCUGAUUUUAUACUUUUAACUCAUUUUUUUAGUUUCGUUGUAUUAAGUCUCCUGCAUACUGCUUAGAGACAACCAUAGUAAGUGGUAAACAAACUGUUAAAAGUAAUUUUUAAAAUGCACAGAGGCCCCAAAGCAGAAAGCACUGAAUACAGCAGAAAGGGCGGAACAAGGAACAAACGACCAGUAAUGUAUUGUUUUGUUCCUCCUAAAGCCACCCUCCCCACCCCAAGAAAAGGGAAGAGACAGAAAGACAUUUCUGAGUAAGAGUACCUCUUAGCUCAGCCUAUACCUCUUUUUACAUGCUGCCAUGGCCUCCAGUCUAUAUACUGUUAUCAUACUUCUCUGGACUCUUCAAGAUGGUGGGACUCUCCAUGUGUAUAAUGACCGUCUAAUCAAGAUUGCUUUUGCCAAUGAAGAAAUUAAUGCAAUCUGCAAAACAAACAUAAUGUAUAAACCAGAUUAUACAAAAUUCAUCCUUAGCUAUUAUCGGAUUGACUCGGAAAGCAAGGAGAUCACAGUCAUGCAAUCUCUACAGUCUGUGGAAAUUCCUCCCGGUCGUGAGAACAAGUCAGAGACAUUAAUUUAUCCAUUUAAAAUAAAGCCCUUUAUGCAUUCCUCUGUUUCUGGUACCUACUACUGCAAAGCUCUUUGGAUACUUAAAAACCAAGUAAGAAGGGGAAAUGGGACAUUUAUCCUUUUCAGAGAAAAAGGAUAUACAGAGCCCCCUCUUACCAUGUGGGUGUGCCUUAUCACCAUCACCAUUAUUUUGACUGUUGCAAGCAUCAUGGGAACUGUCCUGCUGUUCUGGAAGAGAGAGUGGAGACAGAUCAAGAAAUGCCCUGCUCAGAGGCCAGCCCCUCCACACACUUCAGGCAGCUCAGAACCUCCAGAGCCCUCAUAUGUUGAAUUAGGACCCCGGGAACCCGAUGUCUAUUUUGCCAUUAAUAAAAGUACAGAUAGUCCAUUGCACAAAAAGGUGCCAGCAGUCAAGGUGUCUCGACAGAUAACGCAAGAAAUCACAGAUGUGUAUGAGAACAAUACAGCAGAUUUGUAUGAGAACAUCUAAGGAGAGAGAGCUACACUGCACAGUCCUGCCUUUCUCCAGAGCUCAAAAGAAGGUUCUGAAUUCCCAACAUGGAACAAGCCGUACAUGCAAAAUGUUCUACUGAUGUAGAUACAGGUAAUACUGAUACACAUCAACACAUGGAGCAGCCCAAUAUUGUUCCUAGAAAAUCCAGCUCUUUGAGACACAUGCUUUCUACUGAAGAGAAUGAGCUAAGAAAGUGGGAAUGGGAGCAUCAUUGAAGAAGAGAGAGAUUUGGGAGAAGAAAAUGGGAAUCUCCUGAGUUAGCUAUGAUUUUUUUAAAAAUUAUUUAUGAUUUUCAAUUAUAUACAUUUCACUAGUUUUACAAUCAUUCUAACUCUACUUCCUCCUCUUUCUGCGGUUCCUUAACUUUAUUUUUUUACAUUUCCUACAUAUUCUAAAUUAACUUAACUUAC